AUGUGGAUAGUUUCAAACUUUGGUAUUCUAGGAGGGUGGGACAGGAACGGGGCAGGUAUCUUGGUUGAUAAAGACCUCCGUGAACUAGUGGUGGAGGUUAGGAGGGUGAAUGACAGACUGAUGACUAUUAAGCUAGUUGUUGGAGGUGUUACUUUGAACAAAAUCAGUGUGUACGCACCUCAAGCAGGCUUGGAUAAGGAAGUCAAGAGGCGUUUCUGGGAGGAUUUGGAUGAGAUGGUGUGUGUUAUCCCUCAUAUCGAGAAGCUUUUCAUAGGAGCAGAUUUCAACGGUCAUAUUGGAGCGACGUCUGAGGGAUAUGAUGAUGUGGAUGGUGGCUUUGGUUUUGGAGAUAGAAACGGAAGAGGAAUGUCUUUGUUGGACUUUGCUAGAGCAUUUGAUUUGGUGAUAGCAAACUCGAGUUUCCCAAAGAAGUCCGAUAGAGGUCUUUGCACGGAUUGCAAGGUCAUCUUGAGUGAGAAUCUCUCGACCCUUCUUAGGCUCCUGGUCAUGGGCCUUGAGAUCACGAGGAAGAGAAGGAAGAGGGCGAUGUAUAGCCAACAUAGGAUUAAGUGGGAAGCCUUGAUGGAAGCUAAAGCGCAGGAGUUGAGGGUCAAGCUGGUGACUAUGGGGUCUUGGAUGAGUAGUGGGGACGCAAGCGCUAUGUGGACCAUGACUGCAUUGUGCAUUAGGGAAGCCGCAAGAGAGAAAAAGGCAACGCUAGCAGUUACUACGGCCAAGAUUGCAACUUUUAGUCGUUUGUACGAGGAACUCGAGAGUCGAGGUGGGGAUAAGAGAUUGUUCAGGCAGAUUAGAGUUGAUGAAGUUGAUGGGGCUAUGCGUAAGAUGAACAGGGGCAAGGCGACCGGGCCGGAUGAAAUUCCGGUGGAGUUUUGGAAGAGU